AUGGGCGUUGGGUUAAUCAGAAGACGCAGAAGAUCAAGACAGCCCCGUUUGACGCUCAAGGUCGAGGUGCAGCAGGCGCGGAUCGUGACCGUGGAAGACACUCGGUGCAACCCGCUGUGUCUUGUAGUUACGAACGGGGUGUUCAAUCGGACCAAGCGGUUCAAGAAUACGUCGACGCCUAGCUGGCGCCAGACACUGAAGUUGGCGCUGCCGUCCAAGCCUUCGUCAGAGUGGCUCCGCGUUCUGCUGUACGACGACGUGCUCCGGUGGCAGGACAAUGGAGACAACUCGCUCGAACGCGGGCGGUACCUGUACCUGGGUGAAGCACGCUUCUCUCUACUGGAUCUGUUCCGAGGGGAAAAGGGCAAGUACAGCCCCGAGAGGAGUGCUGAAUGGGUUCCAUUUUACAGUGGUCGCACUGGUUACAAGGCUGGAGAAGUGCUGCUGGCGUUCAGUCUGGUCUCAUCUGGCAAUGAGCCGUCGACGAUGGCCGUCUUCCGGGAGUGGAGAAGUUAUCUUCUGGACUCGCUGGCGGCCAGGAGGAUUCAACGCAAGCAGGAAAUAGAACUCUUGGGUGAAGGCCAACGGCUCGCGGAUACCGAGGACGACGAAGGUGAUGACGACGAUGAGGACAAUGAAAACAUGCUGGGCUACACGUCCUUGUCUGAUUCUUCACCUGAUGAUUUUACGAAUUAUGAAGAUAUUAUUGAACACUCGAUGGUCUCCUGCUACAUCGAGGAUGAAGAAGAGGAUGAAGGAGACACAUUCGACAACGACGACUGGGAAUAUAUGGAUGACAUAUUUUAUGCUGACGAUAAAUCUUAUGGAACCGACCAGCAAGGCAUGGAGUCAAAAAGAUACAACCAGAACAAUGGCUCAGUUGACUCAUUCGCAUUUGUGCCCGAAGUGUCGACGACACCCUUCACCGAGGUAUCCGAGAGUUCAAAUGCAAAGGAGAAGGACAGUCAUUCCAGCGAUGAUACCGAGGGUACUGAGGUUAUGCUAUUUGGCCGUCGUAAACGGAAUAUGCGCAGAGCCCGGCCCAGGAAUAACGACUUUGAGAUCUCCAAGAAGACGCAUGCUAUGGGCGUAGCCUUCGUGGAAGUUAAACGAAUUCUAGACCUGCCCCCUCUCAGAAAUAAAUUUUCGACUACUUUUGACAUGGAUCCCUUCGUUAUUAUAACCUUCGGAAGACGCGUUUUCAAGACAUCAUGGAAGAAACACAGCUUGAACCCGGAAUACAACGAGCAAGCGGCUUUUGAGGUCUACCCCCACGAGAUGUCUUUCAAGCUAGACUUUCGUGUCCUCGAUAGGGAUUCUUUUUCUUUUCAUGAUAGAGUGGCGGACGCAAGUGUUGAUUUUAAAGACGUCAUAUCGCGGAAGUCGACCAAUGGUAUAUGUCACUGGGAUCUUGAAGUCCCACUGAACCUGAGAUAUAAUACCCUGUCAGAGACACACGCUUCAAGAAUGUACCUGAAGCUCAGUUUCUUCCCAUACCAUAUCUUGAAAAAGCAUUUCUGGGAUCAAGUCAUUAAUGCCGCGUCUACACUGCAGCACUUUGACGUUGUACAGCUUACGCUACUGUUAGAUGGACUAGGGCAUUUCACAGAAGAUGAGGUUAAUGAGUUUUUUUAUCAUUCGGGGAAGUCGCCUUGGUCAAAGGAUACUCUGCCUAAGGAAGUGAUUAUUCGUCACCUCCAAGAAUGGAAGAAUAGUAGCGCCUUCAGGAGAGUCCAGAAAUGCCCACUUUGUUGUCAACAGGUCAAGGCCACAAAAGCUCUACGACACUCAAAGUUAAAUGCAGAGAAUGACUUGAUCACGCAUUUCGCCAUUUGCAGCAGUGGCCAUAAAAAGCAAUUGAAACCGUCCUAUGUCUCAUCGGACUUUGCAUCGAAACGUUGGUUUUCAAGACUACUGAUCAAGUUAACUUACGGCAAGUAUGCGCUAGGCUCUAACAACGCAAAUAUCUUGGUCCAGGAUAGAGAUACCGGCAUUGUAAUUGAAGAAAAGAUCAGUGCAUACGUUAAAUUGGGUAUUCGCAUUAUCUACAAUGCGCGGGGGAAACAGUCAAAGAAGUUCAAGUCUCUAUUGCGCUCAGUGACAAUAAAGCAGGGCAAGAAAUUUGAUAGACCUGCGUCAGCCAAAGAUAUUGAACCUUUUAUCAAGUUCCACUCGCUAGAUAUGUCAGAAUGCCUUGAAACUAACUUUACGACAUUUAAUGAGUUCUUUUACCGGAAGUUAAAGCCCGGCAGCCGCACGCCGGAAUCGCCAAACCCAAAGGUGCUCCUAUCUCCUGCUGACUCCCGGUGUACUGUUUUCGCUACCGUGCGGCGAUCGAAGGAGAUAUGGAUAAAGGGUAGAACCUUUACCCUUGAAAAACUAACCGGCGGCCAAUUUCCGGAGCUUUGUAAUGAAAGAAGUUGCAGCGUGGGGAUAUUCCGUUUGGCGCCACAAGACUACCACAGGUUUCACUCCCCGUGUAAUGGCGUCAUUGGUAAACCCCAUUACAUCAGUGGCGAGUAUUAUACUGUCAACCCUAUGGCUGUGAGAACGGAAUUAGACGUGUUUGCAGAAAAUGUGCGAGUUGUGGUUCCAAUCAUAUCGGAGGAAUAUGGCACUCUAUUAUACAUCCCCAUCGGUGCCAUGAUGGUGGGCUCCAUUAUUCUCACUUGUAACCCUGGCGACAAGGUCAAACGGGGCCAAGAACUGGGUUACUUCAAAUUUGGCGGAUCUACUGUCUUGUUGGUGCUCCAGAGUAAAAAUAUUGUCCUGGACACUGAUCUCGUGAAGAACUCAGAGGAGAACAUUGAGACAUUGGUCCGCGUGGGCAUGAGCAUUGGUCAUACUCCCGACAUAAAGGAACAUUGCAGAACAAAGGUGCAUGUAAACGACAACGAGGAGCUCGAGCGGAUCAAGCGUACUAUUACAGUUACUGAAGAGAAUGCACAGAGUACCAACUACACGUCUUGGGAGUACCAAACACUAAAGAAACUAAAUGAGAAGGAACCAGAGUUCCAAGGUUUGUUAGAUAUUCUAACAGAGUGA